AGCUCAGUAUUGUGGCGCUCGGAAGGGAUGGUGAGCGCACGUACGGCUUGUGUGAUUUGUCUCCGUUUCUCAGUGCGUCCGAAAGGAUGACUUCGGACAAUUGUGACCUUCUGGAGGGCUCCCAAAGCAGAACUGGGGCCAUGCUGACGUCCAAUGUCACCAAGUCAGCAGGGGAUGAAAACGCCACCAGGACGGAUUCCGACUGUAGUUACGUGUCGGUUGUAUUUCCCAUAACCAUGAUGGCCACGGGCAUGGUGGGUAAUUCUCUGGCUCUAAUCCUGGUCUACAUAUCCUACCGGAAAAAGGAGAACAGAAGGAAGAAGUCCUUCUUGCUUUGCAUUGGGUCUUUGGCGCUGACGGACCUGUUCGGCCAGCUCCUAACGAGUCCGAUUGUGAUCUCGGUUUAUCGCGCCGACCUAAGAUGGGAGCGCAUCGACUCAUCGGGCAACCUGUGCGCCUUUUUCGGAGUGUGCAUGACCACUUUCGGCCUGUGCGCACUGUUCAUGGCCAGCGCCAUGGCUAUCGAGAGGGCCACGGCCAUCACCAACCCGCACUGGUACUCCAACCACAUGAAGACCAGCGUGACCAAGCAGACUUUGGUGGUCAUCUGGUGCCUGGUGUUGCUCUUCGCUCUCCUGCCUGUUGCAGGGGUGGGCAAGUACACACGUCAGUGGCCCGGCACCUGGUGCUUUAUCAGCACCGGGGACAGAGAAGUGCCCGGCAAUAUAUUUUUUUCCUUCACUUUUGCCUUACUGGGGAUUUUCUCGUUGCUUGUCACUGUGUCCUGCAACGUGGUGACCAUCCGGGGCCUGAUUAUUCGCUGCAAAAACAAAUCUGGCACGUCUCAGGCCUCCAAACACUGGGAAAGACUCACCACAGAGACCGUCAUUCAACUCAUGGGGAUUAUGUGCGUCCUGCUUGUUUGCUGGUCUCCUCUACUGGUUUUGAUGUUGAGGAUGAUCUCCACCCAGGUGUCCUCUCACGAAUGCAAUUCCUCAGCAGAGAGCUCCCACCCUUCCUCCGAGCGAGACGUCCAGUUGGACUGUAACUUCUUUCUGACCGCCAUCCGCCUGGCCUCGCUCAAUCAGAUCCUGGACCCGUGGGUUUACCUGCUCCUUAGGGAAAUCCUUUUUCGCAAAUUCUGCUUGGUAGCCAAUGCCGUCUCCAACUGCUCCAUUGAGGAUCACAAAGAGACCCAAACAGCUCUGGAUGCACUUAAUAAGAAGAAUCAAGAAAGCUUUGAAAAGCCCCAAAGUAACAAAGGAGACUUUUGAAUGAGGAAGAUUUUCCCGUUUUAUAAGACACUGAAUGGAAAUUAACAAAGUGAAUAGUCUGCAUGUGGAAGCAUAUUUUUCCUUGAAAAAGUCAACUGACCAUCAUCUGAAUAUAUCCCAGGGCCUACCAAGAAGUAUUUUUGUUACUUUUCAGUCAUAUCAUUCCCAAGUAGUGACUCUAACUUGAAUUGACGGAUAUUUCAUUUGACAUCACAUUUUUUACAGUAAGAUAUAAACCGUUUACUAUACAGGAAUGUAACUAUUUUUGAUGAAAAGCAGAAAGAAAAAUGGAAUGUAAGAAUAUUUAUUAAUGAUGAAUGUAGUGGUAAAUACUUUUUGGGACAAGAGCUUACAAUGCUACCUAUUGGAUAUCGCUGAAUGUAAAUUGUAAAACAAACACUGGCGCAGGUAGGAUUUGUAUUCCUUGGGGAGGGUGAGUGCAAGGGCAACUCAGAGGGUCCCCAAAAAAAGUUACAAGCCACCAAAAAUCAGCAGAAAACUGUGAUAAACAUUUACCAUACGUUCUGUGGAAAUAUGGCAAAAGAAAAACCAAAAUGGAAAUAUAUUAUCUAACCUGGCACCUGGGGGGGGGGGGGUGCAGUGCCCUCACCCCAAGGCCCCCUCUAGCUCCGCCAGUGCACACAAAUCAACAGAUGUUUCACAGAUGGUUGGCUUUAAGGCAUCAAUGCAGUAUGUGAAAUUCUAUUAUGUGUUGAGCUGCUUUUUUCCAAGAAUUGUGAAGUUUGUUGUUUGUGCCAAACGUCGAACUGUUGCUCCGCUUGAGGGAAAGGCAACUGUUGCCAUUUUAUGUCAUGUAGAGGUAUAUUUCUAAUUUGAGUCGACAUUUAUUUAUGAUGUAUUUAUUUAUUGCGGUAUUUAUUGGGAAAACUGCCAUUUUCAGCAUUGUCAUUUAGGAAAAUUGCAAACAAACUGUGCCUUCUCAGCGCAAUUUUUGCUGGCCUAUCAUGUGCAUACAAUACAAAACAGCAGCUGUAUGCUCAUCAACCAUUGUAAAUUUCCCACUUGCAUGCUCAUCCACCCUAGCAAGAAUGUUUCAUAGCUUGACAUAAUCGCCCGAUUCAGAUGGGACAAACAAUAGGAUGAGUUAAUGCAUGAGUGAUGAGCUUCACAGGUGACCUCUUGAUCUUUGAACGUGAAGGUGUGUCUUAACAAGAAAUCACCGCUUGGCGUAAUUGAUGCUGCACUAAUUUGAAGUGCCGCUUUAAAUUGAGCGCUUCAAGUCCAAGCACUCGUUCAAUUGUCAAUAAACACCUCUACAUUUUUAAUUGUCACAUUUAACAACCAGACUCAACCAGCUUGCACAUGAUCCUGAGCCAUGUUAUUUGCAUUUUACACCAUCCACCUGCAAGAGUACAAUAAUUGCUGAAAAGCAUCUACAGAUAUAGUAAACAAUGUCUUAGUUUUAGAUUCAAAUUAAUUUUGUGAUUUUUUUUUAAAUAAGAAAAAAAUAAGAAAACAAUUCUGUCGUUUCAUUGUUUUUUUAUUAUAUUUGUUUUGUUCAUUUUUCUUUUUAUCUGAAAAACAAAAAAGCAUUGAUUCUUGCUUGAACGCUCAAUUAUUCAUCAGUGAUCUACCAUAAAAAAAACUGUAAGAAGACUAAUGACACAUUUAUUAUGGCAUAAGAGUGACUGAGUAAAAGGAUGUUUUCUCCAAAUAUUUAUCCUUAAUGAGUUUUCUGACCUUGUUCACAAAUCUUGUGUGUGGCUUCAAUAAAAGGUCAUUAAUAUUGUUACUCUUUGUUUUCAGCUUUAAUUGGCAGAUACGUUUAUUUGCGCAAAGUGAAGAACACUUUUGACUGGAAAUGAAAUACUGCUAAUAUGAUAUUUUUGAUAUGAGUGUCUGCUUACUGAUCCCGUUAGAAGAAGCAUUUAAGCGACAUUGCGCCUUGCAUGUUUGUCUUUGAAAUAAAAAUGGAGCGGUCACUUUUAUAUUCAUACAUUCGGCAAAGUUAAUGUAUUUCUGUGCACAUACGAUCUGUAAAAUAUGACAUACAUGUCUCACAAAGUCAUCAUAUUAUCCCACCAAAAGGCAAAUAAAUAAAAAAACAUUCACUUUAAAUAUGUCGUUACUGACCCCUGAGACCCGAUUCUCAGAUGAGGGCUAUUUACACAUACAUGCUGCAAGGUUGCUGUUCCAAUUUUUUUAAUGUCCAAUGCUUCUAUAUUGAAUAUGAGUGUAAAAUAGGAAUGCUGUAAUUAUGCAACCUUUGGACAAGUCUAUGCGCAUUUUUGAUUCAUUUGUAGUUGCAAUGUGACUUACUUUAUGUGGUGCUGUAAUGUUGUCAGUCCAAGUCAAGUUUAAUAAAGGAGAGAAAUUUGUUUAAUA